CCUCUUGCGCCGGCAAGGCACGAAUCCCUGCGUAAAUCGGGCUUCCCGCCUCGCUUUACACUUGGUCCCUGGAAAACCAGGCCCCAUGGGGAAACAUGUCUACACGUGCUAUUGCGGAAAAUAACGCAUUGUAAUGAUGCCUUCUUUCUCUUGGUAUUCCUUGGGAAAAACACUACUCCACGUACCCAACUCCCUUGGCGCAUCAGAUGCUCUCAAGGGCACAAGGAAACUAUGGUAAAAGCCGACGAAAGCAACACCGUUGCCGCGCCGCGGUUGCGAGAUGCUUUCCCCGAAACCACAAAGUUGUCAUUCUUGUUUUGUUUGCGUUUAACCUUCCUUCUCUCUCUUUCGCCUUUCACUGGAGCAACCGAUAGCGAGGAUCGGGGGCGGUAA